CCCGGCUCCCGGGCUGAGGUUGAGCAGCUGCCCGGACCGACGCGCGCCCUCGACGUCCCUGCUCCUGCCUGGGCUCGGCGUGGACGUCGCAGGUAGCCGGGAACCAUUGUUUAAUGAGAACUCCACGCGUACAGAGUGAAGAUGGCAGGCUUCCUGGAUAACUUCCGAUGGCCGGAGUGUGAGUGCAUUGACUGGAGUGAGCGCAGGAACACGGUGGCCUCCGUGGUCGCGGGGAUAUUGUUUUUUACAGGCUGGUGGAUAAUGAUUGACGCGGCGGUGGUGUACCCUAAGCCUGAGCAGCUGAACCACGCAUUCCACACGUGUGGCGUGUUUUCCACGCUGGCGUUCUUCAUGAUAAAUGCUGUGUCUAAUGCCCAGGUGCGAGGUGACAGCUAUGAAAGCGGCUGCUUAGGACGAACCGGUGCUCGGGUCUGGCUCUUCAUUGGGUUUAUGCUGAUGUUUGGGUCACUCAUCGCCUCCAUGUGGAUCCUUUUUGGUGCAUAUGUUACUCAAAAUAUUGAUGUUUACCCUGGACUAGCUGUGUUCUUUCAAAAUGCUCUUAUAUUUUUUAGCACUCUGAUCUACAAAUUUGGAAGAACUGAAGAGCUCUGGGCCUGAGAUCACUGCAUACCGCCCCGUCCUCUUGUGUUCCAUGGCGAGCUCCGUUAUCUCUAGUAUACGAUGUUACAGAUUGCCAAAUGGAGUGUCGUGUGCUCAGGGCUUCGUUUCUUCAGAGUUUUGCGCCCUGAGUUUUGAAUUGCUUUUGCAAAAUGUCUGACUUGGUUUUUCAUCAACUAGACAAGUUAAUAUGUUGAUAAUACAUCACUACAUAUACAUGAUGCUGAAUGUCAGGUUUUUAUUCCCAAGACUAAGAUUGGUAUGGAUCCCGAGCCAGGGUUAUAUUGUCUUGGUGUUUAGAGGUAAAUACUCUGUCUUGGUAUCUCUGAUGUUUGAAAAUGUGCAAAAUCCAUAGCUCCAAGUCUCUAGAGGCCCUGAGCCAUUAACAAAGGCAUUUCUGCCAGGUGUAAUUUAUUUUGACUUAGAAAUGAGUUUUGUUUUUUUUUUUUUUAAGGAAAAGAAUGUUUGUUUGUGCAUAUGUAUUAAAGAGCUGGACUUUUUAUAUGAAGAUUUUUUUAAAUACCCAAAGGACUAGUUUGAAAGCCCUCUUUGCAAAGAAUUUCUCUAACUUGACUUUUGUUUGAGAAGUGAUAAUACAGAGAUAAACUCCAUUUUGUAAAACAGACAGUAGGCAACUGAGCCAUGUCCUUCCACUGCUUGCCACCGUCUAGCAGUACCACACAGCAAGGGACCCUGUAGCAGCCGCAGUUUAGAUGCAUGGCCACGUGGAAUAACUAGCUAAAGACCUCUUCCCAAAGGGCGCUGUGACCUACGAAAGGUCAGCUGCUUCAUUCACUUUGUUCUGACUCCUUCUGUGUAGCUCUCAGGCUCUGGGCGGCCAGCUGCUGCAGAAUACAAGUAUCCUGUACUGAAGGUUCACACUCCACGCCAGACCCUCCUUCCCGUGUUUGAGUGCUGUGCUUGCCCCACGUAUAUUUCUGUGGACCUUUCCCUUGGGCCAAGGUUUUGUGUUGCACUUUUAACCCCAGAGGAUUUUUAUAAGACAUUUUGCUGUAAAGCAGUAGUAAGGAUGGUAGUAGUGCACCUCCCAUGCAGGCCUUACUUUACUUAGCGGCCUCUCUGAGAGGCCCCUCCAAACAGCGUGUGAAGCGGCUGCUGAUCGUUGAGCUUCAUCCUGAUGCAUCUUGCUUCAUUACUUUCCCAUCAGUCCCUCAAAAUGCCAGCUUUGUCUAGCUCCCAGCGAACUAGAAAGCUAGCCACACGUUUCCAUUCUUAGAACUAAUGCAAUAAAUACUCCCCCUCACACACGCUGCACAGUUAGGUGUGCUGGGGGAAGUGACCUGUACAACCCUGCUCUGCAUCCUCCACUGUCCAAGAACACUCAUAAACAAGGAGAGGACACAGUCUACACAGCGUGCUAAUGCGGAGGUCUAUGAAGGGCAGCCCUGAUGACCGACUGAAAAUGGCGGUGACUUCUCUAUUCAUGAAUUUUGUUUUAAUUGUGAGCAAAUCUGUUGAUUUCCUCUGUUGUUUCAUUAAAUGAGAGAUGAAGUUAGUAUCCUCUUACAGAUAUUAUGAGUCAGUAGAAUUCUUGAUAAUCAUAUAAAAUGCACAUGGUUCUUUCUCUCAAUAAAGGUCUCACUGUUGU